AUGCAUUUUUUAAGAACAUUUGUUUGCGCACUGGCAACAGCGAUUCUUGUGGCGACUAUUACUGCUGUGAAGGAAGACACAACAGAUUUUCCAAAUCCAACAACAGCGGAUAAUAUCAAAGAUGAAGUAACUGAAUAUGUUUUAAAAGGAAGGGUACCGAAAGCGCUCUCAGAUAAAUACAUUGUAACCUUGGUUAAGUUGAAUUGGUAUGCAGCUUAUGCUUAUUGUGAGCAAAAUAAUUGGCGACUACGGAUCGAAACGGCAAAGAAACAAUUUGAAGUGGAGAAUUAUUUGAAUUUUUUUAAUCUUCACUACAACGAUUAUUGGAUAGCCGGCAAUAAUUUCGCUGAACUGAGAAAAUUUCGCUGGGACUAUGAUGGACCUUCGUUUACACAUACGAAUUGGGCAUUUGGUGAACCGAAUAAAUACAGGGGUGGAGAGUAUUGUGUGAAAUUGCUUAAGAAUUCUUUGCAAUGGGGUGAUGAUUACUGCUUUAAUAGUUACAACUUUAUUUGUGAACGGGAAUAAUUUAAGAUGUUGUAGAAUAAAAUGGGUCAAUCGAAUUUUAUAAAA